AUGGCUCCUUCAAAAAUCAAGUCUGAAGGUUCAGAUUCACAACCACAAGAGGUUCAUCUAUUACGAGAUAUAACACCCCCAACAGAUUCAGAACCAUUUUACGGCAAUUACGAACAAGGUAUUCCAAUAGCUUUAGACAUUGGUACAUCUUCAUUUAAGAUAGGGUUGACUAACUCAGAUGGUCCAAGCAAUGUAUUUGAUUCAGUUAUUGCCCGUUAUAGAGAUAGAAAGGCAUUGAAGACACUUACCAUUGUUGGAAAUGAUGUAUAUCUCGAUUCAUCACUUAAAUCAUCCAUCAAGACACCCUUUGAUGGUGCAUUAAUUACAAACUGGGAUUAUAUGGAAUUGAUGUUGGACUACUCCUUCGAGCAUUUAGGAGUUUCUAGUGAUAAUGGAAGAUUGAACAAUCCUAUAAUAAUGACAGAACCUGUGGCAUGUCCAUUUAGUCAGAGGAAGAACAUGUAUGAAUUAUUAUUUGAAGCAUAUCAAGCUCCAAAAGUGACAUUUGGUAUUGAUUCACUCUUUUCAUAUCAUGCCAAUUCUACUGGAAAAUCUAAUGGUUUAGUUAUCGGUACAGGUCAUGAACUGACUCAUGUAAUUCCUGUCUUAAAUGGUAAAGGAAUACUCCUGCAAACAAGAAGAAUUGACUGGGGUGGAGAUCAAUCUCAACAAUUUAUAGCUAAAUUACUCGCCUUAAAAUAUCCUUACUUUCCUUCAAAGCUUAAUUCACAUCAUACUACAAAUUUAUUCAAAGACUUCUGUUACAUCCUGGAAAAUUAUCAAGAUGAUCUUUCUAACUACAUGAGCAUGGAUGUUUUAGAAUCAAAAGAUAUUGUGGUUCAAGCUCCAGUAGAUAUAACUGUCAAUAAUGAAAAGAAGAAAACUGAAGAAGAAUUGGCCUUGCAGACUCAAAAAAGAAAAGAACAAGGUAGAAGAUUACAAGAACAAGCUCAGCAAAAACGUAUUGAGAAAUUAAUUCAGAAACGAGAAGAAUUUGCUUAUUAUUCAAAAUUCAGAGACGACUUUCCAAAUUUAUCUCAGGAUGAAAUCACUAAAAGAUUAGCAAAAGAUGGUUUCGAUGAUCUCGACGAUUUCAAUAAAUAUAUGACUUCUAUAGAGAAAUCUUUGAAAAAUGCCGAUUCGAAUGGUAACGAGGAAGAAGAAGUCCAGAUAGAUCCAUCUAGUACUUGGCCUCUAGUAGAUAUUCCAGAUGACCAAUUAGCCGAAGAUCAAAUCAAAGAGAAGAGAAAACAAAGACUCCAUAAAGCAAAUUAUGAAGCUAGAGAGAGAACUAAAGAAUUAAAAAGAGAACAGGAAGAGGCUCAAGCACAAUAUGAAAAAGAACAAGAAGAUUGGCGUACUCGUGAUUUAGAUGAUUGGUCCACCUCCAAAAGAUUACAAUUGGCUGAAUUGAUCAGUAAAUAUAAAGAGACAGCUAAGUUAAUGGAAUCGUUUAAAGACAGGAAAUCAGUCGCUGCCCAACAACGUAUGAAGAACAUUGCUGAUUUAGCGAAUGAUGAAAAUGGUUCUACUUCAGCAGCCACUCGUAAGAGACGUCGUAAUGUAAACUCUACUAUCGAUAAUGAUCCUAACGAUACCUUUGGUGCAGAUGAUGAUGAUUGGGGUGUUUAUCGUGAUAUAAGUAGCGUUAGUUUGAAAGAGGAACAAGUGGUGACCAACAAUCAAAUUCUUAGUUUAGAGGAAGAAUUAUUAAAAUAUGAUCCUGAAUUUCAUCACGAGGAUACAUUUGCAGCAUCUCAAACAUUUGAUUGGGCAAGUCUGACUUUACACAAAUUCAUACAUGGUCCAAGACAAAAUAUAACGAUUGCAAUGCAAGCUGAAGGCAUUGAUCCAGAAGAGAUCGCUAAUCAUCCUGAAAUUAUUAAAAAGAAUCAUCAAAUACAUUUGAAUGUCGAAAGAAUAAGAGUUCCAGAAAUUCUUUUCCGUCCGCAUAUAGCCGGUCUUGAUCAAGCUGGUAUAUCAGAAAUCCUGGAAGAUUUACUCAGAAGACAAUUUGAUGGUAACUUCUCCAAUGGUGGUCAAUCUAACAGUAUAAUUCAAGAUAUUUUCAUCACUGGUGGUCUUGCAAAUCUUCCGAACUUUACGACUAGGGUUGUUAAUGACUUCACAAGCUUUUUACCAGCUGGUGCUCCGUUAAAAGUUAGAAAGGCUACAAAUCCAAUCACAGAUGCUUGGAGAGGUAUGAAAAAAUGGUCUAGCUCAGAAGAGUGCGAAUCUAGUUAUAUAUCUAAGGCAGAUUAUGAAGAGUAUGGUCCUGAUUACAUUAAAGAACAUGGCUUAGGAAAUGUUGCUUUUCAAUAG